UUUUGUUAUAACAAAACAAGACAAGAAAGCCAAGAUUAAUCAUGGCCCAACAGCAACAACAACCAGCCUAUGAAAACAAAUUCAUUUAUGCAACCUUACCUCGUACACAACGUGGCCAACCCAUUGUCUUGGGUUCUGAUCCCAAAGGUAAAAAUUUCCUUUAUACCAAUGGAAAUUCGGUGAUUAUAAGGAAUAUUGAUAAUCCCGCUAUUGCUGAUGUCUACACGGAACAUUCGUGUGCCGUUAAUGUGGCCAAAUAUUCGCCAAGCGGUUUCUAUAUUGCAUCUGGAGAUCAAUCUGGCAAGAUUCGCAUUUGGGAUACCGUCAACAAGGAACACAUUUUGAAAAAUGAAUUCCAACCCAUUGGUGGCCCAAUUAAGGAUAUUGCCUGGUCUCCCGACAAUCAACGUAUUGUGGUGGUGGGUGAGGGACGUGAACGUUUUGGUCAUGUCUUUAUGACCGAAACUGGUACAUCGGUGGGUGAAAUUAGUGGCCAAUCGAAGCCCAUCAAUUCAUGUGAUUUCCGUCCUGCCAGACCCUUCAGGAUUGUGACAGGCAGUGAAGACAACACCAUUGGCAUCUUCGAAGGCCCACCCUUCAAAUUCAAAAUGACCAAGCAGGAACAUUCCCGCUUCGUCCAGGCCGUACGCUAUUCACCCGAUGGCAAAUUCUUUGCCUCAGCUGGUUUUGAUGGCAAGGUAUUCUUGUAUGAUGGUGCCACAUCGGAGUUGAUUGGUGAAUUUGGCAGCCCUGCCCAUAAGGGUGGUGUCUAUGCCGUGGCAUGGAAACCAGAUGGUACCCAGUUGUUGACAUGUUCCGGUGAUAAAACUUGCCGUCUAUGGAAUGUUGAAACACGUGAAUUGAUCUCAGAAUUUGUUAUGGGUACCACAGUUGAUGAUCAACAGGUGUCUUGCCUUUGGCAAGGUGAACAUUUGUUGACUGUCUCCCUAUCGGGUCACAUUAGCUAUUUGAAUGUCAAUGACCCCUCGAAGCCAUUGCGUGUCAUUAAGGGUCACAAUAAACCCAUUACCGUUUUGGGUUUGAGCGAUGAUCGUAGUACCAUUUAUACCGGUAGUCAUGAUGGUGUUGUGACCAGCUGGAAUUCUGGUAGUGGUGUCAAUGAUCGUGUUGCUGGAGCGGGUCAUGGUAAUCAGAUGAACGGCAUUGCUGCCUGGGGCGAUUUUGUCUACACCUGCGGCAUUGAUGAUAGCUUGCGACAAUUUAACAUCGAAUCGAAUGCCUUUACCGAUUAUGUGGUCAAAUUGAAUUGCCAACCUCGCGGUUUGGCCAUUUUCCGCAAUGAGAACAUCAUUGCUGUGGCCUGUGUCAAAGAAAUAACCCUGGUUCAGGAUCAAAAGAAAGCCUUUUCCUUGCCCAUUAAAUAUGAAUCGAGCAGUAUUACCGUUAAUCCCGAAACAUUGGAUGUUGCCGUGGGCGGUGAUGAUCAAAAGUUGCAUAUUUAUACACUGAAGGGUACCACACUGGAACCCAAAACCGAAUUGGAACAUUUGGGUGCCGUUACCGAUUGUUCCUAUUCCCCAGACAAUAAAUAUUUGGUGGCAUGUGAUGCUCAUCGUAAGGUGGUACUUUACAGUGUGGAGGAAUAUAAGCCUGCCCACAACAAAGAAUGGGGCUUCCACAAUGCCCGUGUCAACACGGUUGCCUGGUCACCCAAUUCCCAAUUGGUGGCCAGUGGUUCCUUGGAUACCACCAUUAUUAUUUGGUCGGUCAGCAAUCCAUCCAAGCAUACCAUUAUCAAAAAUGCUCAUCCCCAAUCUCAGAUUACCCGUUUGAUAUGGUUGGACAAUAACACUGUGAUCUCCACUGGCCAGGAUUGUAAUACCAAAGUUUGGCAUGUUGAAACAAUCUAAACCGCCGGGGGACAAAAACCAAAACUACUACCACCUAUGUCAUUUAAAAA